UAUUUCUAUUGUUUAUUGGACUAUCUUCAUGAAUGCUGGGUUUAUGUGUUGCAGGUGCUGUUCUCGGUGGAUGGACGAUGAUGUGGGCGGUCGGCGGUCCGGGCUGCUCUUCAACUUGGCGGGCAACGUCCUUGGACUCCUGGUGGUCGACGCGCGGUGGUACGAGCUGUCCCUCUAUGCCACGAAUGAUGUCCUCAGCUUGGCGGGCGAUGUCGUCCGGCUCGUCUUGGCACUCUGCGGGCGGUAGUACGGGCUGUCCCUCCAUGCAGUGGAUGACGUCCUCGGCUCGGCGGAUGAUGUCGACUGGUUCCUCUCGGCGUUCGGCGGGGUGCGGCGCGACUCCAGUCUUGACAUUCUCGGAGGGUGUCCAUAUCCAUGGCGGGAUCGAGUGUACAUCUAACGGUCAUCCGCUGGUUCUUCAUCCGAGCAACGGUACGAGAAACAGGAGUUCCUGUUUCUGGGGCGUCGUCGUCCGUAUGCUCUCCCGAUGUUUCGUCCUCCGGCUCUUGGGCUGCCGACGGAUCUUCCACUAGGAUGCAGCUCUCCUCCACCUGUGUCGAAGAUAAAUCAUCCAGUAUAUUGGGAUGGAAAUCGGCGGAUGCGGUGGCAGAUGCGGAUGGCGGCGAACAGUCGGGUGAGAUGUCCUCGGUGUCUGACAGACUUGGGUUGACCUGGUCGUUUCCUGCCAUGGUUUGUGAGAAAAUAAUGCGACGAAUGUGUGCGGUGAAUAAAAAACGUGAAAAUGUUGAUGUGAUAUACAAAAUAAUUAACAAGAAAUCCAAUAGAAAUUGCUAUAGCUUCGUAGUGAGUGAAAUACAGAAAAAGUGUUUAGCAAUGUGUUCAGUGAUAAAAUGAGUCAAGUUAGCAAUAUCGUUAACAUAAAAAUGACAAGAACAUACAGGAUACACAGUGGACACUUAUGCGGCAAUACAGGUACGCUUCUUAUAAUUUAUUAUUACUAUUAUUAUAAAUAUUUUACUUUUACA